AGAAGUAUAUCCUCUCUAACUCAAAGUUUUCGACGUUGUUCCUGUUCCGUUGUUAUGGGUCGAAAACAAGAAACAGCAAUGGACAUCACAGACAACCAUGAAAUCGAAGCUCAGAAGAAGAACAAGCACAAGAAAGAAGCAAAGCACAAGAGGAAGCUCGAAGAGACCGAGCCUGAGGUGGUUGUAGAGGUCAAGAAGGAGAAGAAAAAGAAGAAGAAAGAGAAGAGAGAGAAAGGGGAGGAGAUUUUGAAUACUAGGUCGGUGUUUGAUUGUGCCAAAGGGAACGAAAUAUCAAAUGGGUCAGAUGAGGUAGGUGAGAAGAAGAAGAAGAAGCACAAAAGAGAGAAAGAACAGGAGGGUUUGGAAGAUGGGUUGGUUAUUGAUAAUGGGUCGAUUGAGAAAUGUGAUGAGAACAACAAGAAUGGUGUGAUUGUUGAUGGGGAGGAGAGAAAAAUUGAUGUAGGUGCUGUGGUGUCUGGGAAGGAUAUAAAAGAGUCACAAUACGCAGCAUUGAAAUCUUUUGUAGAGUCUGGGCUUCCUAAAGAUGUUUUGGAAUGCUGCAAAAAUUUUGAUAAGCCAUCACCAAUUCAAUCCCAUUCUUGGCCUUUCUUGUUGAAUGGCCGCGAUUUUAUUGGGAUUGCAGCAACUGGGUCAGGUAAGACACUGGCCUUUGGGGUUCCAGCUAUAAUGCAUGUUUUGCAGAAGCGCCAGAAUAAAACGUCCAAGAGAGUGAAUCCACUUUGCCUUGUACUUUCACCCACAAGAGAGCUGGCGCAACAAAUUUCAGACGUUCUUUGUGAUGCUGGGGAACCUUGUGGCUUGCAGUCAGUUUGCUUAUAUGGAGGAACUUCUAAAGGACCCCAGAUAUCUGCUUUGAAGUCUGGUGUUGAUAUUGUUAUUGGAACUCCUGGACGUUUGAAGGACUUGAUUGAAAUGGGCAUAUGCUAUUUGAAGGAGGUAUCUUUUGUGGUUCUAGAUGAAGCUGAUCGGAUGCUUGACAUGGGAUUUGAGCCAGAAGUUCGUUCUAUAUUGAGUCAAACAUGUUCUGCUCGUCAAAUGGUUAUGUUUAGUGCUACAUGGCCUCCAGCUGUUCAUCAAUUAGCUCAAGAAUUCAUGGAUCCCAAUCCAGUUAAGGUGGUUGUAGGUUCAGAGGAUUUAGCUGCCAACCAUGAUGUCAUGCAGAUAGUAGAGGUCUUGGAUGAUCGAGCACGCGAUGAACGUUUGGUUUCUUUGUUAGAGAAAUACCAUAAAUCACAAAGGAAUAGAGUAUUGGUCUUUGUUUUGUACAAGAAGGAAGCAGCCCGCGUUGAAACUAUGCUUCAGAAAAGGGGUUGGAAAGUAGUUUCUAUCCAUGGUGACAAAGCACAACAUGCACGUACAAAGGCACUAUCGCUAUUCAAGGAGGGAAGCUGUCCUUUAAUGAUAGCCACUGAUGUGGCUGCCCGAGGAUUGGAUAUUCCUGAUGUUGAAGUAGUGAUAAAUUAUAGUUUUCCUCUCACAACAGAGGAUUAUGUCCACAGAAUAGGCAGGACUGGACGAGCUGGUAAGAAGGGUGUUGCCCACACAUUUUUCAUGAAGGAAAACAAGGGAUUAGCUGGGGAGCUGGUCAAUGUUCUGAGAGAAGCUGGGCAAACCGUUCCUGCUGCCCUUAUAAACUUUGGCACUCAUGUAAAGAAAAAGGAGUCUAAGCUUUAUGGGGCUCAUUUUAAGGAGAUUGCUGCUAAUGCUCCAAAAGCUACAAAAAUAACAUUUGACAGUUCUGAUGACGAGACUUGACUCUAAAGCUGACCCACAAGUCGAUUGUCUUGGGCCAGCGGCAAACAUGUUUAUUGGAUAUUGUUUACCAAAUUAUGGUAAAUAUAUAUAUUAUUUCCAGUGCAGACGACAUCACCCUUUAUCCUUUGUGGGUUAGUAUAUGCCAACGUGACAAGCAGAGGGGCAAAUGUGAUCUUGAAUAUCGAGCAAGGUGAUUGAGGUUAUGCCCAAUAUUUUGUCGUGUUAAAUUUUGUAUUUGUUCUCUCUCUCUCUCUCCCUCCCUCACUCUCGCACAGAUUAUCCCAUAUGAUGGUCACUAAACAUAUGCGAAACCUCAUAUUCAUUGUACUUUGUAUUUUUGAUGAGGUCCGAGAAUGUGGAGUGUCACUAAAUUAUUGAGGUAAAAGGUCAACAGAAUGUUUCUUUUUAGUGGAAUAUAUAUAAGCAUUGAUUAUUUGAA